GUUUUGAGUUGGCCGGCUUGUUUCCAUGCCAAAAUCAAGGUAGCUGCAGGAGUCGCGGCUUCCUGGUGAAGCUUUCUGAGAUACUACAAGCUAGAGCUUCUGCCUAUUACUAAAUUAUUAUACAGUUUCGAUACUCACUUGCAUCCGCUAUGGCUGUCUUACAAGAAGAAAAGACGAUUCUCAUCGUUGGAACUGGCGUAUUCGGUGCUUCGACAGCAUAUCACCUAGCUUCCCAAUACAAAGAUGCUUCCAAUAUCACUGUCAUCGAUCAGACCCCGCCAUCGCCAGACCCGGCAGCAAGCACCGAUAUCAACAAGAUUAUUCGUGCCGAUUACAGCAGCGCUUUCUACGCAAAUCUCGCCUACGAGGCCAUGAAGGCUUGGGCAGAAUGGCCAGAGUUGCGGCACUACUAUCAUAAAACAGGCUGGAUCAUGCUGGAUCGGGAAGGAAGCGAUUUGGCAGACCGAAUCCGAAGUGUAUUCCGUGAAAGAGGGCAUGAUCCCACUGAAGAUAUUGCCUUGGAAAAGCUCAACGAUCACUGGAAUGGUAUUCUGAAAGGCACGGAUUUGCGAGGAUUCACUAAGGCGUAUUGGAAUCCUGAAGCAGGAUGGUGUGAUGCUUCUGCCGCGACGGCGAGCAUUAUGAAUGCGGCUAUUUCGAAAGGCGUGAAGUAUGGUAUUGGCACAGUGGACCACAUUAUCUUAAACGACGACUGCAGUGUGAAAGGUGUCCAUACAAAAGAUGGUCGCAUCCUCACUGCGGACACCAUCGUGCUCUCCACCGGUGCAUGGACUAGCAGCUUGAUGUCUCCAAUCGAAGACCAGCUUAAUAUCACAGAAGCUCAGCGAGUAGAACGACAAGUCAGUGCCGCAGGGGUGGGAGUGGUUCACUACAAAAUGUCUCCAUCGGAGAUGAAUCAACUCAGCAAGAUGCCCGUUGUGGUAUACGGUGAGAACGGAGAAGUCAUUCCACCCCCAAAAGAGAACUGUCUACUCAAGUACACAGACUCCAACACAUUCAAAAAUACCAUCCAAACACCUUCUGGUCACAGAAUCUCCGUCCCACCCGAACGCGACCAGCAUAUCGUUCCAGAGAACCUGAAACGCGAAGCCAUCAGGGAGAUGAGUACCAAAGUCAUGCCAAUGUUCUCGCAGAAAGAACCAGAUUAUUGGCGAUUAUGCUGGGACGCCUAUACCCCUACUCAAGAUUGGCUGCUUUGCCAACAUCCCGAUGCUCGAUUGAAGAAUCUCUACUUUGCUACAGGAGGGUCGUUUCAUAGUUAUAAGUUUUUGCCGAUCAUCGGCAAGUAUAUGGCGAAUGUGCUGAGUGGGAAGGGUAAUGGAGAGGAGAGGGAUCGUGCUUGGGCGUGGAAGGAUCCUAAUGUGAAGUGGAAGGGAGCACAUGAGAGUACGGCGCCUAAGAGAGAGUUGAGAGAUCUUGAGGUCAAUUCCAGCACUGGCAGAGACAGUCAUCUGUGAGAAAUGAAAUGUUAUACUGAUUACAUAUUUGAAAAUACGACAAUGGCGAAG